AUGGAAAAUCGCACAGCGGUCUCACAGUUGAGUCCAGACAAACAAACUUACACACCAGCUCUAGUCUUCAAUCCAUCCACCCAAGAACCGGAAUCUACAUCUACGUCUUCGCAACAGCACACGCCUCCCCAUUCAAUUCCACGAACCUUAAAUACCCCAGCCUAUCAGCCACCCACAAGGAAGCGCACGCGUGUGUUCAAGACAGCGACUCAACCUAAAGCACAGUCUGUUCGCUCUCCUUCGAUAAAAAAUUUCUUACAAUUUGACGCUACAAAGAGUAAAAAUCAAUCACCUACAUCUCCUCCAGAAUCCUCUCCACCAAACAACCUCCCGCGCUCGUUACAGUUCACUGGUGAUUCCUCCGCCUACAAUAGGGGCACUUCAACAGUUAUGAUGCCGAACCCGGAGGAAUUGGCUAGAGAUUCAGAAAUCUUGAAGACAUUGGAAAGGUGGAGAAAGGAGGACAACCAAGCCAGAGAGACAAUGAAGUCAGAGCUUCUUAGAGAAAUCUCUGAAGCCCGUAUUGAGCACUCCAACCAGCUAACCUCUCUCCGUGAAGAAAAUGCUGUCCUGAAAAAUCAAAUAAAUGAUCUAAAAGCACGCGUUACGAUACUAGAAACGGUAAACGAUGGAUCUGCCGCGGCGGCAGACGAUGUGUCAACCCAAGCAAGAACUGACAACUUAGUCCAGCUUAAAAACAAUCUGAUCAGUGCCAGCAUCACCGCCGUUGACAAAUACAUGCGUAAGAAUAAUAUCAUUGUUCGUGGUAUCUCGGUGGAGGCGGACAAUGCAAUUGCUAAAUUAAAUGAUUUUAUUAGGGCAAAUUUUAAGAUAAACAACGUAGUCAAAGACGCUCGGUUGGUAAAUUCAAAGAGCCCAACCAUUAUAGCCACCCUGAGCGACGCUAGUGUCAAGAAAACCAUAAUGGUCAAAAAGAAGCUCCUUAAACCCGGUGUUUACAUCGAUCACGACCUGACGUACGAGGAAGGGGCAAUCGCGGCUAAGCUGAGAGCUGAAGCGAGGAAAUUGAGGGCUGAAGGCAAGACAGUGAAGAUUGGUCACCAGAGAAUCUACAUAAAUGGCACAGGCUUCAGAUUUGAUUCGUCUAUAAACUCCAUCGUACCUUGCACUUCGCAAUCAACCAGCAUAUCCACUUCACCCUCAGCUCCUGCGCAAUCAUUAGCGCACCAGUAUUCACCUCAAAAACAGAUCGACAAAUACAGUUCACAAGCUCUCGAAGAAGCCAUUACCAUCACAUUUUGGAACAUCAACGUUACCAGGAACCUGAAGGAUCUCAACUUAAUGCCAUUCAAUGCCCUCUGCCUUUCCGAGACGUGGUUAACCUCAAACUGCCUUGUCCCUCCUGCACCUGCACCUUUUAACAACUGGUCCAACUUCAUUUCACCGGCUUUAAAAGAGAAUAGAUUUGGAAGAGCAAGUGGCGGCCUUUACACGUACGUCGAUGAUGCUCAUGCCACUUAUGACGCCAUAAUUCUAGGCGGCGAUUUCAACGCGAGAACUGGGACUUUCCUAUCAGACGAACCUUCUUUUUUUGAAGGCUCUGUUCUGAAAGCUACAAGAUCACCAGCAGAUACCGUAUCCAAUCAUCAAGGCAACAUUCUGAUGGACUUCAUGGGCAGUAACGACUUUAUCCUGAUGAAUGGCCGAUCUCCAAAUGACUGUCCAGCAUCUGUCGACGCCCUGCAUGGGGCUUUCUGUUCAGCGAUCACUGCAUCGGCCUCAAGCUCUAAUAUGGUCAUUCAGCGCAAAGUAAUUAGUGCCUCAUCUAGCCCAACGUACUCAAAACAGUGGUUUGACGACGAAUGUAAACUUAAAAAAAGGUCUGUCCAACGGCUGCUGAAUUUCUGUAAACAAAACAUCUUAAACAAUGCACUCUGGUCAGCUUACCAUUACGCGAAGAAAGAUUACCGCGCUAUGCUGUCAGCCAAGGCCCUACAAUAUCAGAAGAAUAUUACAAACCAGUUUGACUCGGCGAGAUCUUCUUCAGAAUUCUGGAAGGCAGUGAGAGCAGUCAGGGGCCGCAAAGCGCUGGAGUUUCUGCGCAACUUGGACCUGGAGAGGUACACUCACUCCUCGGCAUGCCACAUCAUUCUAUACAGGAACCCAUCUGAUGGUUUGCCAAGUUACCUUCAAUUUUGCUCGCAGCGCCUAAUUGUGCCAAUGAUUCAACUAAGACUAGCCAACUUCUUCACUUGCAACAUCUCAGUUGAUAAAUCAGUAAUUAAACUACAGCCUAAACAAACAUACUGCUAUUGCCAUAAUAACGAAGCUGAAACAGUCAAACACUUCUUGCUUGACUGCCCCUUUUUUUAUAUCCCUCGCCUAUCACACCUGCAACUUGCUGAGGAACUAGGCCCAAGAAUGAACCUAGCGCUUAUUCUGGACGACCAAUCCGAAACGAAUUUAAAGUCUCUGGAUCAUUUUCUGAGAGAACUGUAUCUGUCUGCUGGAGAUAACAUCUAA